AUGAAGUUGGAUAUAAGAGCACUCCUGGUCUGCGUUUGGUGUACAGCUACCAUUGAAGCGUUUACGCAAAGCUCACAACAUCUUUACAAUCCAGCAGCGCAACAACAACAGCUGGUGUCAAGGAGACAACAUAUUAGAACACAGAACCCAAAUCCAUUCACAGACAAUGAAGUGGCUACAAGGGUCGUGAACAGAGCUCUGUUUUCUUCCGUCACAUCAACUGAUUCUACGGUAUUUUCUUUGCCGUCCUCCAUAACGUCAUCACCCAUGGGAAGAUUCAAGGCGGCCUUGACCAAGUUUGGCAUGAUGUCAUUCAUCGCUUCCAUGUGCCUCGCUUUGCCCCUUGCACUCUUUCCACCCUUUGCCUUGCUCAAGUUAAGAUUGAUCAAUCGCAUCCAAAAGGAACAAAUGGCACUGCAUGCCGGUCAGUUCUGUGCCAGAUGGCUAAUGAGGCUCAUUCCAUUUGCGUCUGUGAAAACCAUCCCAUAUCAUGAUGAGAAUCCCGAACCCUCCAUCUGGGUGUGCAAUCAUGUUAGUUCAUUGGAUAUUUUCAUGCUGUUGGCAACAGAUCUGAAGCUAAGAGGAAAGAAUAAGCGUCCCAUGAAAAUUGUAUACUGGAAGCAACUCGAAGACAAUCCAAUCACCAAACUAUUGUUCCAACAAUCUGGAUUCAUUCCCGUCCAAAUGUCUGCCAAUAAGGCGGGAGAAGCCAACGAUUAUGACAUGAAAUCUUUCAAAGCACUCCUCAAAUCGGCCAAGCAAGCCUUUGACGAAGGCUUUGAUAUUGGAAUCUUGCCCGAAGGUCAAUUGAAUCCUCAUCCGGAAGAGGGACUGUUGCCCUGUUUUUCGGGCGCCUUUACACUGGCGCGCAUGUCCAAACGGCCCAUCCACAUGAUGGCACUUCAUGGAACCCAUCGUUUGUGGCAUGCCCGAGAAGACAUUGACAUGACGGUCACGGGACGCGAUGUUCAAGUGCGGUGUUAUCCAAAGGGACGGAAAUACAAGUCUGGAGAAGAGUUCUUGGCGACCUUUGAAGCAGUGGUUGGGGAAUUUGGAACCAAUGGACGAGACUUGGAAGAUGCCGAAUUGAAUGCAUGGUUGGAUGGUUCCAAGUGGGAGCAAAUACAAGCGGCAAAAGCAGAAGACGAAAAGAAAAUCUUAGAAGAACAGCAAAAGCGAAAGCAAACCGCGAAAGAAGAGCAGCUGCAAAUGGCACAAGGACGACGAUGA